GGUACCCACCCCAGGUGAGAGCCUCGAGCUGGUGCGCAGCCUCCGCUGCUUCCGAGGCGUCCUUGUUGCCCCUGGCAACUGGCAGUCCUUCCCACCGCCCAGGAGGCGCCACGCAGGAGCAGCAAGAUGGCUCUGAGCUCCUGGUCCCCAGAGCUGGGGUUUGGCGGCAGCGAGAAGGCACUAAAGGCAGCAGCCACUGUCUCCACUGGCCCCUCCCUGGAGUUAUGCACCUUUCCCUCCACGCUGGGAUGCUCAGUCGCUGCUGCCGCGCUGGAGCAGCUCUUUGUUGUGGAACAAUCGCUGCAAAGUGACUAUUUUAAAUGCGACGAAGAAGCUAAGACCUUUCUUAAGGAUGUUGCUAUCGCUGUUAAGAAAUUGGAAGAAAUGAGAAAAACCACAAUUGAUCUUCUGGAAAUUGAAAGCAUGGAACUCAGCAGACUGUAUUUUCUAUUGGAAACUAUUCCCAAUAGUGUUAGCAGAGAAUUGGAAGAAUGUGUCAGGGAUGCUCGAAGAUUAAAUCUUUUUGAGAUAAAUCAAUUACACUUGAAAAUUACCAGGAUAAAUAAUGAAAUAGAGUUUUGGAAGAAGAAAAUACUCGAUCUGAAAAAGAUGAAUACAACUCUGGGUGAACAGCAGGAGUUGCUAUCGAGGCAGCAUGAGAAGAUUGUCCUGUCACUCAACCAGGCCAUGAAAGAAAAAGCUACUACCACUGUUUACAUCAAUGAGACUUAUACCCAAAUUAACUCAGAGAAGGAAGAACUAGAGUUGCAAAAACUAUAUCUUCAAGAAGUAGAGGAGCAAAUGGAAAAAGAAAAAGCAGAAUAUUUGAAAAGAAAAAAACAAUUGAGUCAAGAGAUUGAGGAAUAUAAAGAACUCUGUGAAUUUAAGAGAAAGGAGACUUACAAAAAGAAGAAAGAAUUGGAUAAAUUAAGGCUUAAAGUGACAAAAAUGAGAGAAACAGUUACUACCAGCACAGUGGUUCUUAGUGAUCACAAUUUAGAGAUAGCACGAUUACAGGAAUCAAUAAAAUCUUGGGAAAAACAGGUUGAAGACAUGAAGAAAUCCUGUAAGAACCUAGAGGAUAAAAUGCUUUUUUUUAGGACUAACAAGGAAAAACUGGAUGAUGCAUCUAAUGUUGAAAAAAGUGAAUUAUUGCUGAAGAUAAAACAGGUGGCUGAAAAACUGAACAACUGUCGUUUAGAGAACAAAGAUCUACAAGAGAGAUUGAACACUGUUACCAGACAAUAUAAAAUUGUCUUAAAUGAGGAGAAUAAAGUUUUCAUGCAGAAACGGAAAAUUCAUAUUGAAAAUCAGAAACAACUGGCAUUUAUAGCUCAGAAAGAAAACUUCCUAUCAAAAAGAAGGGUGGACAUCAAAAAUAUGGAAGAAGGACUUAUCACCCUCAAUGAUCUUCAUCGAGCAACAAAGGAAGUAUAUCAGAAACAAAUAAGAGUCCUGAGUGAUAACCGGCAAAGAGAACAUGAGAGAUGUAUUAUAACCCAGUGGAAAAAAGCUUGUUUGCUAAAGAAACACACACGUUGGGCCAUCCAGAUAAAGGCUGAAAUACAAGAAAUUAUAGGUAAAAUUCAGGAUGCUGAAUUGAGACGCAGUGGAUUAUUGCAAGAGACCAGUUUUAGAGAAAAGGAGAUCCAUGAAUUUUUGGCACAGAUUGAACAACUUACAUUACAAUUAAAACAAGAGGAGGAGGAAUUUGUUGUGAAAGAAAAAAAGUUAAUUCAAGAGUUGAGCAUAUAUGAGCAAAGAUUUGUUCAAGAAGCACAAAUUAACAAAGUAAAGGAAGAUGAACUGGUUGAGUGUCUUCCACAACUUCAUGUGGCAGAAGAAGAGUACAUGGACAAAAACAAAAAAUUUGAAGAGCUCACUGAUGUCAUUACAGCACAAAAACAGGAUCACAAUUUACUGAACAAUCUCAUUUCUCAACUGUCGAGAGACUUUUUACGAUACUUGAACAAUGCGAAGAAAGUGAAGCAAGAAUUAAAACAAUUACGAGAUAAUGAAAGCCAUAAAAUCAAAACUCAUUUUGAAAUUCUAAAGAACUUAGAGUAUGAAAUCUAUGUACAUGACCUAAAAACAGAUGCUUUGCUCCUGGAAAAUAAAAGGUUAAAAGAGUAUAUUGAGUACAUGAAGAAAAACAUAGAGAAAUACAAAAAGGAAGAAGACCUCAGGUGCACCUCAAGUGAUCUAUUCUGUCAGCUAACAGCUCUUAACACACAAUAUUCAGAUUUGUGGGCUGAAUUUAAGACUACACUUAAGGAAUUGUUAGAGAAAGGUAAUGAGACCUUGCAAGAAAUAAAAAAUCUGAUAGACAAGCUGUGUGAAAGAGAUGAAAAAAUUGAGCAAAUCAGUACUUGGCUACAAGGGAAUCUUGAAGAGCUGCGUUUACUUAUGCAACAGGAAUCACAAAUGGACCUUCUCAAAAAGAAGAAGAAACACAGUCCUAUCAAAAGAAUCCAUUUCCCAGUGGUUGAAUGUACUAUGAAAAAAACAUCAACAAAGAAAAACUAGCAAAAUAACUUAAAAGAAUACAACUGUCAUGAAUUCAAAAGGUACAAAACUACAGAAAAAGUGAGUGCACUUUAUUUCGUAUUUUGCAACUGUCAAUGGAAGUCUUUUAAAAGUUGGAGAUUUAACAAACUCAUGCAACCCUCACCAAGGAGCAGAAUCAGAAAAUAACCUUCUAAAUAAUACAAAUGAAUAAGCAUGGUCAGAUUAUUAAGAUAAGUGAAAAAAGUCUUAUUUUGCUCCUAUGUUUGCAAC